UGCCAUGGCAGUUGAAACUGUCGAGAAGCGGAGCGACACUGUCAAUGUCAAAAGGGUUGCGUCUGACCCUGUGGUGCCCUCAGUUUGGAAAGCCAAAGACUUCUCAAUCGCAGCUGAGCAGAGAAACUUCCCAGGGUCGGAAGCAUGCGAGUUCGAUCCUUUGUUAAAUAUCAAGAAGGUGGACGCCCAAAAGUCACAGGUGGUGAGAUCGGCAACUACAGCUGCUAUGGUACCAAAGAUUGUGUCCUCGGAGAAAGACUUCGACGACCCCCUAUCCAAAAUGGCCAUGGCCCAGGAAGAGAGUGCGUCAAAUCUAUCGGGCAUGUUGAAUGAUCCUCUUGGUGCUGCUGCUGCUGCUGCUUCUAGCUCGAAGUCAUUCGGAGGUGUUGCUGUGAGUAUGUCUGCGGGCAACUCGUUCAGACAACAACUGAGAAGCGGAAGUGCUGUGUCAACUGCGUCGAGUGUGGAAUCUGCGGCAGAAAUUUUUGGUCCUUACGGCGACUCUUUCGUGCCCUGGUCAAUCAAAAGAAUCGAGAUCCUAGAGCAGUUCACGACCACGGAGAAACUGACCAUCUCACUGGACGGAAUCCCAAAGACGUCCGUAAAAGGUGGCAGCGCAGUGGAAGAGAAGAUAGCUAGGAGGCUGGACCAGUUGGAUGAAAUGGCCGAAACAGGGAUAACUGGUGGAAAGAACUUGAGUCAGAGAGAGUAUAUAGCUAAGAUAGACGAAAUGAACAGUGGCUUCAUGGGUGCCUGGAACAAUGAAGAGAAAGUGAAGGCGUUCAAAAUUGUCAUCCAGUGUGUGAAACUCCUAGUAGAUACAUCAGUGGUAGAAUUCUACCCGAGCAAGUUUGUGCUGAUAACCGACAUUGUGGAGACGUUUGGGAAAGCAGUCUAUAAGCGACUGAAAGACAAAGCAGCUUUUCUGUCCGAGGGAUUCACUCCUGAAAUGGUCCCAGACAGCGUGAAGGAAUUAGCUCGGAACUGGUUCUACAAAAUCUACUCGGUCCGCGAAAUGCUUCCACGUCUUUACGCCGAGACUGCAGUCUUAAGGUGCUACAGGUUCUUAACCAUGGGCGAAUACAAAAGUGCACUGACGCGGAUCACUAAAAUGAUUCGGGGAAUCGGAGACCCGCUAGUGGCUGUAUACACGAGAGCUUAUUUGUGCAGAGCCUGUUUGCAACUCGCCCCUGAGUAUAGAGAUUGUCUGAUGGAGAAUUUCAACGAUUUUUUGCUGUGUCUUGAUCAAAUAAAGACUCCAAUUGUGAACAAAAUUGCAAAGAACUGCAGUAUAGAAGUGCCGCCAUACUACCAGCUGUUUCUGCCAGCUGCCGAGUGGCUUCUGCAGUGUGUAAUCUGCAACUCCUCAGACACAAUGUUAGAUUCAAUCAGAGACAGGUGUGAAACGCACAUAGUACUCAGACACGCAGUCUUCUCCACAUUCCCUCCAGACUACAUCUGUGCACAGCUGGACUACUUCACGGACUUCAUCAGCCAGGACAAGAGGGCACUGAAGGGUACAAGGGAAGUGGUUGAUGAGAAUCAGACCAAAUUAAUUGUGAGGAAGUCGGAGUUGUACAGGAUUCUGGGGGAGAAAUGUCUACAUGGCAGGAUCGCCUCGAUGGCAGAAAAGUGGGAGCUUCUUAAUGAGGUUUGGAAAGCGGUUCUGAAAUUGGACAACAUCCAGGAGUUUAUGCGAGUUGCCAAUGUUUGGCUUGAAUUUGCAGCCAAAUGCCUGACACCGGACCACGUGGAACUAAUACUGAAAGGCCUGAUCAAACACGUGGUCCCAGAACGGAAGUAUGAAAAAGUUCUGAACGAACUGACUGAUUCUGUGCGAUGUAUGUUCAGACAAUCAUCGAGAUCUACUUGUGCGCAGCUUCUAAGUCUGGAAAGUUUUCUCGCACUUUUGGAUUUGUUUCAAAGCGACCAAUCAAAACGCUAUGAAGUCAAUCACUUGAUUUUGGAAAUGUUUAUCAAUAACACCUCAAAUGAUGAGCCGAUAGUGGAUCCUAUAGUUAUCAAUGCGUUGUUGAGGAUCGGCAAGAAUCUGCAUGACAACCUGUCCUCGUUUUCGAUGAAAAGUGUGACUAAUUUGGCACGAGAAUUGACUGAAAAUGGGCAAGGAUUUGGAGGUCAGAGUCACACCUCUCUUUUGGUGGCUGAGUUGAUUUUGAAGAUGCUCGAUCGAAUUACUUUCGGAGAUGAUUUCGAAGCACAGUUGAAUUUCUAUGUCGAAGCGAGAGCCUGUUUCUUCCUGAUUGAAUCAGUGAUCACUGAACUAGUUCACAGAGUGAACACUCUGACCAUGGAGACACUUCGCAGGAUGCCGUCGGGAAGACACAGCAAACGCACUUCGUCCUUCAUCAGAGCAUGCAUAGCAUUCAGUAUCAUCACCGUACCUUCCAUCGAAAACAUAAUCACACGUCUCUCCCUCUAUCUCAAUACAGCUCAGGUUGCAUUAUGGAACUGUUCGACUGCACAGGCAGAUUCCCUUUUCUCCUCUCUCAUUGGGACGAUUAAAUUCAUCCCGCUAUCUGUACCUGAUACUUCAGCUAAUGUUUCAACAGGCCAUAGAAGCGCAACUAAUCGCACCAAAUCCACAGAGCCUUGGAUAGUGGCUUUCUCAGCUAAUUUAUUCUCAACUCUCCUUAUGAUGCCUGAUUACCCAAGCCAAGGCAUCCUAUUCCAUUUCAAAUCAGCCAUUCAUGAAUUCACCCAAUUCCCACUACCCGAUGAAACUGCAGCUAAGUUCAACAUUUACCUCAACGCUCUCAAGACACUAGCUGCGUUUGCUCAGUCAAAAUGGACUCUGAAGGUCCCAUACGUUGACAAUAACGGGGACCUAUAUGGGUACGGAGCUGAUAAGAAAUACCAGUCAGAGAUGAACAAAAUCAGUCGACAUCUGAUUACAGAGCUGAACAAAGAAAUCAACACAAAUCCAACACUUACCGUUCCGUUAGUGACUGAUUACAUAAGAAGCUUGCUCUACUGCUGUCCGUGUAGCGCAUCGCAUGUUGUGAUUACCUGUGAGAGAUAUAUCCCAAAAUUGGUGCUAAGAAGUUCUUUCAAGGAAAAGCAAAUGCUGCGCAGUUUGCUAACUUAUGCGCGUAAGGAGUUAAAAAGCGAAGCUGCUGCAGCAAAUAUUGUGACACCUGAAUUAGAAUCGGCUAUGAGCGCAUAUCGCAAACUGACUUCGGCUAUUCCCGAUGCCAAGUAAUUUAUAUACAAGAUUUGCUAUAAAUCCGAUAUUUAUUUUUAUACAUUAUAUUUUCUAUUCACGUUUUCUUAUUUAAUUUAUCGUCAAGUUACAUUUGCGCUGAUUAUUCAAAUUUUACUCAUGGGUUU